AUGCAUUGUGGGAGAGCAGAGCUGUCUGGAAGCGCGGAGCGACUGUUCUGUGGCCGGCGAGAGAUGGCGGCGAGGAGGCUGAUGAAGGAGCUGGAAGAAAUCCACAAAAGCGGCAUCCAAAACUUCUGUGACAUCGAAGUCGAUGAAGAGAAUUUCCUGCGCUGGGAGGGUCUCAUCGUUCCUAACAGCCCUCCCUAUGAUAAGGGGGCCUUCCGCGUGGAAAUCCGCUUUCCCGCCGAGUACCCGUUCAAACCACCCAAGAUCCUCUUCAAGACGAAGAUCUACCACCCGAACAUCGACGAGACUGGCCAGGUGUGCCUGCCGGUGAUCAGCUCGGAGAACUGGAAGCCGGCCACCAAGGCCGAGCAGGUGAUCCUGUCGCUCGUGGCGCUCAUCAGCGAGCCCGAGCCCGAGCACCCGCUGCGGGCCGACCUCGCCCAGGAGUACAAGACGGACCGCGAGCAGUUCUACAGGAACGCAGAGGACUUCACCAGGAUGUUCGCAGAGCGGAGACCCGCCCCCGAAGCACGCACACCUGCGCCCGGAGGCCACUCUCGGUCCACAGCAGGCUCAGGACGGGAGGGAUCUGCCUUGACACAGCACUGGCCAGGGGUUGAUGUCAUCAUGCUUGCUCAGGAGCUGGCCAGCCCAGGAGCAAGAUGGCCUUCCCUCACCCUUGAACUCACACAGCCUUUGCAGAAAUCACCUCCACUUGAAGGUCAAUUGGUGAAAUCCCUUCCAUGUGUUUUCUAUUGA